AUGGGUGACAAGGAUAGUUUGGUUGACAUCUGCCUUAGAGUGGGAGGUGCUUUUGUCCCUAAAAGAGUAACCAAAAACAGGCAGCUGCUGUGUUGGUGUGGUGGUUGGUGUUACUGGAAGAGGAAGGUUCAAGUAUCUAAGUUGGAUGUGCAUUUGAUUAGAACAGCUGCAAUUCAUGGUUUUGUUAAUGGUGAUAUGGAUGUGCCUAUGCAUUACAGCUGUUGGUAUAGGCAGAAGGGGAAAACCUUUAACACUGGGAAAAGGGAACUAGUUAACAGUGAAGAGGUUAAGGGCCUUUUGGAGACAGUAAAUGAAGAGGGGUAUGUUGAGGUUUUUGUAACAACAGAAGCUCCUAGUCAGCCCAUACAAGAGGCCCAACCCAAUCCUGCAAAGACAAAAAAAAAGGAUAAGAAGGUAGAAAGUUCAAAUACAUCGACUAUUAGGAGGAGCCCUAGGUUUAAGAAGACAGAAACUGAACAAAGGGAGGAGAGUCCACCUAGGAAAGCCUCAGCUAAUGCUAAAGUGUUGAGGUUUGAUGAAGAAAAGGAUGAUGGAUGUGAAGGAUCUGGUUAUUCAAGUUCAGAUUUGAGUGAUGAGGGACAAGAUUGGGAACCUGGUGAAGAAGAAUUUGAUGAAGGGGAUGAGGAAUGGUAUAUUGAAGGGUCAAAGGAGAUCUUGGCCAAAGUGAACAAGAGCCUUAGGAAAGGUUUGGAGAGUGCAGUAGAUGACAGGGUUGGCAAAGAUAAGAGAGUAGAGUUGAGAAAUGAUUUGGAUGUUGGAAAACCGAAGGUGAAUCCAGAAAGUGAUGCUGAUUCAGAUGAUUCAAGGAGUUUGUGUGGAUCUGAUGAGGAACAGGACUAUGCUCCUUGGUUUAAUGCUGAUGUGGACUUUGACAACCCAAUCAAGUUGAAGUUAAAUCAGAAAUUCAGUAAUGCUUCAGUCUUGAGGAGGGCCUUAAGACUUCAUGCCAUUCAAAACAGGUAUGAGUUCUACUACUUGCAUAAUGACAGUAAAAGGAUUACAGUUCAGUGUAGAUAUAGAUGUGGCUGUGAGUUCAAUAGCUACACUUGUAGAAUGCCUGCUUGUACAUGUGUGGGGGGGGUAAAGUGUCAGUUCAAGGUGUUUGCAUCAAAACUUGUUAAGCAGCAAACUUGGCAAAUCAAAACCUUGAAUUUAGACCAUUCCUGCUUCAGAGUAAAGAAGAACAAGAUGCUUACUGCUGAAUACAUAGCAGAGAGGUAUUUAGAAGAGUUUAGGAGUAACCCUGGUUGGAGAAUUAAGGAGAUUAGGGCUAGGAUUUUGAAUGAUUUAGGAGUUGAUGUGAGUUACUAUAAGGCAUGGCUAGCUAGGUGUAGGGCAAAACUACUGAUAUUUGGUUCAGCUAGGGAGCAGUAUGCUAGGGUGUGGGAUUAUGGGAAAGCUGUGAUGAAGUACAACCCUGGUUCAGGGUGCAAUGUUGUUGUUGAUGGUAUUGACAGGCCAGAGCCACCAUUGUUCAUGAGGAUGUUCAUCUGUUUAAGGCCAUUGAGAGAUGGAUUUGCAAAGGGUUGUAGGCCUUUAAUAGGGUUGGAUGGUUGUCACCUCAAGGGUGCCUUUCCUGGGCAAAUUCUGGUGGCAGUUGCUAAGGAUGGGAAUAACAACUUGUUUCCUCUAGCUUGGGCCACAGUGGAGAUUGAAAACCAGGAAACUUGGGGUUGGUUCUUGGAAUCCCUUAUGUCAAUGUUCACACAUGAUCAAGGAGCUGGGCUGACCAUCAUGUCUGACAGGCAAAAGGGUUUGAUUAAAGCAAUGGCUGAUGUUAUUCCCAAAGCUGAGCAAAGGUUUUGUGUGAGGCAUAUUUGGGCUAACUUCAAGCUCAACUUCACUGGAUCAACCUUUGUUUUUAUAUGUAUUACACCAAGAGAUUAGGGCUGCUAAAAAGGUAACACAAGCAUUACACCAACUCCCCCUUUGUUUUAUAUAUGUAUGUGUCUUUUCCAUUGACUUUUUAUUUUUAUAUGCAUGUCAUAGAGUGCAAUUGGGGCUGGACCAAACAGCAUAGGAAACAAAAAGUUUCCUCAAGAGCAAGAAGGUUGUCUGCCAUUCAGCAAGCGCCCACAGCCACAGUCUUCCUCAGCUAAGCAUUCCUCAGCUCAGCCAUCCUCUAGUCAGCCAUCCUCAGCUCAGCCUUCCUCAAGUCAGCCUGCCUCAAGCCAACCAAAAAGAAAGACAAGGUCUUCCUCAAGUCAGCCUACAACAGCCACAGGUGUUGUAACAAGGGCCAGGCUGCAAUCCCUCAACAACCUUACUCAGUGAUGUACUCAUGCUGGAUAUCAAACAUUAUGUCUGUUGAACAAUUUCAAACUUUUAUUAUGUACUCAUGACUGGUUAUGUAACUUGCUAGUUUUUUAGUGGCUUCCCUUAACAAAUUUGAACAAUUAGAUAUUGAAUUGUAAUGGUUGCAUGGCUUUGAUUGCCAUUGAAACAUGUUGAAGUAA